GGGGAGAAAACCUAUGGUGGCUGUGAAGGCCCUGAUGCCAUGUAUGUCAAAUUGAUAUCAUCUGAUGGCCAUGACUUUAUUGUAAAAAUAGAACAUGCAUUAACAUUAGGCACGAUAAAAGCCAUGUUGAGUGGCCCAGGUCAGUUUGCUGAGAACGAAACCAAUGAGGUCAAUUUUAGAGAGAUACCUUCACAUGUGCUAUCGAAAGUACGCCUGUAUUUUACCUACAAGGUUCGCUACACUAACAGCUCCACCGAGAUUCCCGAAUUCCCAAUUGCACCUGAAAUUGCACUAGAACUGCUGAUGGCUGCGAACUUCCUAGAUUGUUAAAUAAAAUAAAUUAUAAUAAACUGUUAA